AUGCCUCCCACUCAGGCUGAAAGUGUUAUAAAGAAUAUCAUUAGAGAAAUAGGACAAGAAUGUGCAGCCCAUGGAGAGAUUGUUCCUGAAACUCUGGUUGCUUUUAUGGUGAAAGCUGUUGUUCUGGAUCCGAGUAAUGGCUUUAACACGGAUAGAACGCUCACAAAAAGUGAUGUGCAGAAAUUGGUGAAGCUUUGUGUGAAUCGGCUAUUGGACAGCAAAAAUCCUUCCCUGGACACCAUUAAGAUGCAAGUCUAUUUUGAUAUGAAUUAUACAAGUCGAGAGGAAUUUCUUGAAGAACAUCACCGGGUCAUAGAGUCUAGAUUAAGUUCUGUUAGCAGAGAGAUUACAGACAGUCGAGCAUGUGUCCGAGAGGAGCUGGAAAGCCUCUACCGCAAGAUCGUCAGCUACGUGUUACUGCGUUCUGGGCUGGGGUCCCCAACAGACAUCAAGAUUGUCAGAGAGGCAACAGCUGCCCUACAGAGUGUAUUUCCUCAAACUGAACUUGGGACAUUUCUAACCCUUUCUAAGAAGGACAAAGAACGCCAGCUGAAAGAACUCACCAUGAUUGUGACUGGGAUUCGUUUAUUUAACCGAGACUGUGGAAAGGGAGGAGAAGGCAUUGAUGACUUGCCAGCUAUUCUACAGGAAGCAAUCCCAGCCACCACUCAGCAUGUUGAUUCCCAGCUUGAGGCGGUUCAGGACCAGGCACACCGCUACACAGCCAUCCUGGAGAAGGUAGCAACGAAUCCCCUCAUGAGUCAAGAACUUCAGCCCUAUAUGUUAAGAGAAGCCCUAUAUAAUGUGCGGCAAUGCGAGAUCUUCCUUCAGGUCAUUUUGUCAGAUAUAAUUACCUGUGCUCAAGAAGUGGAAAUGAUGAUAAAGCAGUUAGAAGCCCAGCUGGAACAAUUAAAAUUGACUGUAAAGUCAAAGACGGCUAUCCCGACAUCACAAGUCUUUCCUAUCUUCAUUGCCCUUUCCAACCUGUGGACUAGCUUUCAAGAUGAAACUGUCUUGAUUAGCAUCCUUAGUAAUUUAACUACUCAUCUUGAGCCAUUCCUGGGGGCUCAUGACCUGUUCUUUCCUGAGAAAGUGAUGCAAGUUCUUCUCGAUGGAGUGACUGUGAAAACUGACGUGUGUAGAAUAAAAGAGCACAUAGAAGAUAAAGUAAAUGUGGCAGAUUUCAAAAAACUGGAGUGGCUUUUCCCAGAAACAACAGCCAAUUUUGAUAAAUUAUUGAUUCAGUAUCGGGGAUUUUGUGCUUACACUUUUGCUACAACAGAUGGUCUUCUCCUUCCAGGAAAUCCAUCAAUUGGAAUUUUGAAAUAUAAAGAUAAGUAUUAUACUUUCAAUACCAGAGAUGCUGCAUAUUCAUUUGCAGAAAAUCCUGAAAAUUACAUUGAUAUAAUUAGAGAAAAAGCCAAAAAAAAUGCAGAAUUGAUUCAGCUACUGGAACUUCAUCAACAGUUUGAAACCUUUAUUCAGUAUUCUCAGAUGAAAGAGGUUGACAAACGUUAUAUAAAACCAAUUACAAAAUGUGAAACUGGCACUCAGACGGAUACGCACUUGUUGCCACCAACAAUUGUGAGAUCGUAUGAGUGGAAUGAAUGGGAAUUAAGAAGAAAAGCUAUAAAAUUGGCCAAUUUGCGUCGGAAAGUUACUCACUCGGUACAGACUGAUCAUAGUCACAUGAGAAGAGAAAACUAUUCCCAGGUGUACCCUUCAAAGGAUGUUGGUACUCAGUCCAUGAGGGAGGGCAGCAGCCGAGUGCCCCGGCCCCAGAUUUACAUAGCUGGUCUCCGCGGGGGCCAAACUAAGACCACCUAUGGAGUCAAGGUGAACUUAACUAGAGCGGUUGAUGAAACCUAG